AUGGGAAACAGCCAUGGAGUGAAAGCUGAAUUGUCAUUUAAUGAUAUUUUUCCUAAUUGUAAGGAUUAUUAUAAUUCUCUUUUAAGCAUUAUGAUUAAGGGUCCUGUAAGUAGAGAUUUGUAUCAACCUUGCAAUGAUAUUAAUAAUAGAAUUAAACGUAGUGCUAAAACAUGGAAUAGUUUCUAUGAACCUUGUGUAAAACUUGGUCUUUAUCUACAUGAAUUAAAAAAUAGGAAAGAAGAUACUAGAAAACCAUAUUGUAAUUUUUAUAUCUACGAGCUGAAACGAGAAGCAAAGAAUAAAUAUCCUAAUGUUCAAUCGUAUGAUGAUCUUCAUAAUCAACUUAUAAAUGCAUACAAAAAUGUAAGCGUAGGAAUACCUGAUGUAUGUAAAGAAUAUGUGUCGUUUAUGAAUGACGAUGUAUAUAAUAUAUUUGCAAUGUUUAGGGAAUUAUAUGAUCAUUAUAAUAAUUUUCAAAGGGACAGCAAUAAUUGCGAAUAUGUUAAAAAAUGUGCAGAAAAAUAUAAGGAAUUUUCACACAAAGUUAAAUAUGAUUAUAAGAAUAUUGUCCAGGAAGAGCUAGAUGAAUUUAAACUAAAAUUUCAUAAGCUUCUUGAACAACAACCUAAUUGCAAAAAUACAAGUGAAUUAUUAAAUUCUUCUUUGGGGAAAGUUGACGCAAGCGCGACCAGAUCAGAGGCAUUAUUAGGAUAUAUUGAAUCUCCAGUAACGUGGACAAGCACGGGUUUUUUAUUUUUUGCAAUAUUAGUAAUUAUGUUCAUCUUGUAUAAUUAUACUGCUUAUGGUUCAUACUUACGACCAAGGAGAAGAAAGUUAAAAAAUAUACGGAAUAGAAAAUAUAAAAAACAUUAUGAAUUAAUGAAUUCAUUUGAACAGUUACAAAAAAAUGUAAUUCAAAAUAAACACAGUAUAUCAUAUAACUCAGCGGAAUAA